UGUCACACGGUAGCUUAAUCUGUCGAGCUAGCUAACCGAGACAGUUUUAUAGGAGGGAAAACGUACCAAAAAAAGGUUUGAAAUGAUUAGUGUUACGUUUUGACGUAAGUGAGUCGUCCCUAAAGUGGGAUAAGUUGCAAAUUAAGUCGAAAAAGUCAGUCGCCAUCACAGAGGAAGUUUGACACAACGAAGAGAGGACACAUGUCGUCUGCAGCAGAGAGUGUAGAAAAUGCCUCCAUCAUGUCAGAGAGUGCGGCCCAUGAAGGAAACCGCUUGUGGAUAGGCAACAUCGAUCCCAAAAUCACAGAGUAUCACCUAGUGAAGCUUUUGGAGAAGUUUGGCAAUGUGAAACAGUUUGACUUCCUUUUCCAUAAGUCUGGGCCUAUGGAGGGACAGCCACGAGGCUACUGCUUUGUCAACUUCAACACAAGAGAGGAGGCAGAAAGGGCAAUCCAGUGUUUAAAUGGGAAGCUCGCCUUGUCCAAGAAGCUGGUUGUGCGCUGGGCACACGCGCAGGUAAGGAGGUUUGAAGGUUUCCGUAACGACAAGACAAUGCCUCCGAGCCUGGAACCGUCGUCUAGCGGUGGAGCAGAGGACGGAACCGUCACAUCAAACCACCUCAGUACGAGUGCUAAGAUCCGCGCCAUUGAGGCCAAGCUCCAGAUGAUGGACGAGAAUCCAGAUGAUGACUACUCGGGCCCGUCAGCCUACGUUUAUAACAAACCGCCAGAGAGGAAACGCUGGGAGCCCUACUCUAAAUCACACCACAAUAAUCAGAGCAGGCCCUUCCGCAAGUUUAGGAGAUGACCCAUCCUCCCACUCAUUCUGGAGAUCCCCCCCCCCCCCUCUACCACACCUCAGCCCCCACCUUCACACAAACAGAUUUUACACUAGAAACUAUUCUGACUAUAAACAUCCUAUCGUGGAAUAAAAGAUGUGGAAGUUGUUCACAAUACUUAAAAAACACGUUAACAACACCUGGACUCUUGUGGGAGUAAUCUCAGCAAUCACGGACAAGUACCUUAAAUGGUUUUAGUUAUUUUGGUUUACAGUAUCAUUUUUGUCUAAAGUAUGACCCAUACCUGACUGCUGUUCAGGUUGGAACUCUUGUCGGUCUGCUUUCUCACUUUUGCAGAGAUUUAACGCAGGUAAAGCUUAAAGCUGCAAGCAAAGAGAAAUGUUAUUUUUAAGGAGUCUAAAUGCGGAUUCUCUUAUUGUUUUUGACGUGCAUUUGUACUUUCAGGUCAUAUUAUUUAAAAUUGAUUUUUUUUUCUUUUCUGGAGGCCCCUUCUUUUUAUUCAAGACUUCAAUUGAAAGCAAGAAAGAUGCAGAUUUGUAACACUUCUCAAUUAAUGGAACUCAAAUGAUAAGCCACAAGCCAUUCAGUGACACUUACUGUAUAAACUGCAGUAUGUGUGUGUGUUCAUCCUUGCCUUUUAUUUUUAAUCCAAUUUUAUAUACGACCACAGUCAAACUCUUUUUGAUGAUUUUUUUUUUUUGAUAUUUCCUUUGCCACAGUCUUUUUGUGUUAAUUAUUUUUCAAUUAAAGGUAAUUAAAUAUCACAUGUGAAAUGUGUUAUUUUAUGCCAUUGUUAAAAAAAAGUUCUCAGUAUUGCUCAUAAAGUACAAGAUUCAGUUUUAUGAGUUGAGAUUAUUAGCAAUAGUUAAAUAAUCUCAAUCCGCACACACACUCCUGAUAUAAUGGGGUCGUUUUAUGAGAAAUUGGUAAACCAGCUGCAUCUCAUUAAUGGAAGAUGGUUCGUUAGAAUGAAUACCACUCACUGAAAGCGGAGCUGCAUUAUCCACCGUUGGUUAAAGAAAUGUAGGCAGUCCUGAACAGCAUAUCAUAUUUUUUUUUAAACCAGGUGAGAUGACCACCUGGCAUGCUGUUUGUGUCACAUUUUCUGUAAUAAUCUGAUAAUCCUGGUUAUCAUUACAUCCAAUUAUGUUUUCUGGCCCAGUUUUAUUUUCCCCCCCACACAUAGUGGAUUCUGAAUAUUUGUGCAGUCUACCCAAAGCUGCUGUAAAUAAGUGUUGUUGUUUUUUUGUUUUUUUUAAAUAUGGGCUCAAUGUGAAUACAGUAUAUUUUAAAAGCUAAACGUUCAAUGUCAUUGAGUUCUCUGUGUUGUUAAAACGGAGCACAAGACUUUUGUUGUGGUCUGAGUUGUGUUUUCCUGCAGGUGUGACAUGCAGGGUGAGGUUGUAAAAAAAAAAAGAAAAGAAGAAGAAAAAAUCAUUUCUAAGGCAAAAAGAUAAACUACAGUAUAUUGGCCAUGUUGUUUGCAUGAAGAAUGAAUUUUGCCAGCCAAAGGUCAUUUCCUGGACUUAUGAUUGUGACAGUUUACAAGCAGAUUCAGUUCCAAUAUCAGGCUAAUAGCAUUACAGCAGGGAUGGAAAUUGGUUGGUUUAAUUGUACAAGAUGAGAGAGAGAGCCCAGAGUAUAAUUUCAUGCACAGAAGAAGCAAAUCCUACCUCUUGCCAUCACAAGGCCCUUUAUUAUUAUUAUUUUGUUGGAAAACAAUCCCUCUCCAAUGCAUAAUAUUUCUGAUGGCCAUUCAGCAGAUUAGCUGGAUGAUUUCUGUUCACUGUGUGUAUUUAUCUGUU